AUUUCUAAGUUAAUCUACCCGUCUGUAGUAGGUUAAAUUGUCAUCCAAGGUCCAUUCAAACUAACCAAAAUAAACCUAAAAAUGAUCCAAAAAACCGCAAUAUUCGAAAGGACACUUCAUAAACUAUUAAAAAACAACAUUAAAAGAUUUUCUACUGCGUAUAUACAAGGGCAGGAACCCGAACCAAAAGUGAGGGAGUAUUUCUACUACAUUGACCAUCAAGGAAUGUUGUUUUUAGACGACUCCAAGAUGAAAAACUUCACUUCCUGCUUCAAAGAAAAGAAAUUCUUGAGGUUCUUCUUCAAUCAACUCAGACUGAACAACACAAACCGUUACAAAGAAUUUCCAUACCUCUCAAUUUGCGGCAAGGAACGUAACUUCAUUAGAUGCGACGAUUAUCCCAUAGUUUUCACGCAUUUAAUUGAUAAAAUCAUGAAAGAUGGAAGUAGGGAGAAACAUCUUUCAUACAACCAUGCAGGUGAUUUAUUGUCACUAAAGUUUCAACCAGAGAAAAUCGUGAUGAUGCCUCAAACUGGAAGGGUUUAUCAUCCUGCUCCAGAAAGAGCCGGUUCCAUUGGACUUGUGCAAUCAAAAUUGGCCAUUGAAUUCAGCAAGUCCUUUAAAUUUGGAAAUGGGGAAGAGUUGCCGCCAACUCAAUUCAUGUUUGAAGGGAAAGAGUUUGUUUUAGAUAAUAAUUGGUAUAGUGAACUGGUGAAAUAAUAUUUAUAUUAUAGAUAUUUUUUAUAUGUAUAUAUUGAAGGAAAAUAAAUUGACUUUUUAAAAGA